GGUUGACAUGCAAAAUUUGACAAGAAAUGUGAGCCAUCAGAUACGAGGCGGUUAAACCAAUGGAAAGGCCACCACACCACAGGAUCAAAAUUCAAGAAAUGGGGUCUCCAAUUUCAGAUAUUUUGAGUUAAAAAUAAUAUUCUUUUACAAAAGCUUUGAGUAAACAACUUGUGAAGCAAAAUUUCCAAGAUUCCAACUUCCACAGAGUUAUCGCUCUGAAUUCUCAAAAUUCAGAAGAUUGAAAUCCAGAAAGAAAGGGGAAAUGGGAGAAGUUGUGAUGAGCAGUGAAAAUGAAAUGGAAAUGGAGAUGGCAAGAGUGGGUGAAAAGGGCAGCAAGAAUAUGAAUGUUGCAGCUGAAGGCGGCGCCGCCGCAGCAGCGCCGGCCGUGGAGGGGAGUUGUGAGGCAGUGAGGUGGGAGAGGUUCCUCCCAAAAAUGGUGGUGAGGGUGCUCUUGGUAGAGGCUGAUGAUUCCACUAGGCAGAUUAUUUCUGCACUUCUCAGGAAAUGCAGCUACAGAGUUGCUGCAGUUAGUGAUGGAUUAAAAGCUUGGGAGGUUCUGAAAGCAAGACCCCAUAACAUAGACCUCAUUUUGACCGAAGUCGAUUUGCCAUCAAUCUCUGGAUAUGCUCUUCUCACUCUAAUCAUGGAGCACGACGUCUGCAAAAACAUUCCAGUGAUAAUGAUGUCUUCACAAGACUCGGUUAGUACAGUCUACAAGUGCAUGCUGAGAGGUGCAACGGACUUUCUUGUCAAGCCCGUCAGGAAAAACGAGCUCAGGAACUUGUGGCAGCAUGUCUGGAGGAAACAAGCUUCGAGCACUGCUGCUGGACCCGGACCUCCUGAUGAGAGCGUAGCUCAAGAGAAGGACGAAGCCACUGCUGAGAACAAUGCUACGAGCAACCAUUCUAGUGGUUACAUGUCGUGCAUCCAGCGAAACAAAGAGGGCAUCGAGAAAGGAAUUGAUGCUCAGAGUUCAUGCACAAAACCAGGAUCGGAGAUUGAAGAAGAAGACAUUGAACACGUUCACGACCCCUCAAAACCAGAAAGCGUUAAGUGCCUCUCAGAUGGCGUUAGUACUCCCGGACAGGAGGAAUGCCAUCAACAAAAUAGUAAGAAACGGGCACGUGAUAGUGAGACCCAAGGAUUGCAAGAGGUGGCCAAAUCGGAUGCUGAUUAUGCAGCGACACAAGAAGACAAGGGUUGUGAUCAUAAUGAGGAACAGACAGAAUAUUUCUUAAGAGAGGCCAUUGAUUUGAUUGGAAAUUUUGAUAAUCACCUCAAAGGCAGUCUUGGGACUUCUGCUUUGAUUACUAGUGCAAGCAAGUUCGACAUUUCGCCUAUGUUGGAUCUGUCUUUGAGGAGAACUCACCAUGUGAGUCAAGUAAAUGAUGAAAGGCCUAGGUUAAACCACUCUGAUGCUUCUGCGUUUUCUAGAUAUGUGAACAAGCCAUUGCAGCUCAGUCCCAGCACUUGUAAUCAACAGAAGGACCAUGAAAUGAGCUCGGAGAAACAACCCUCAAAUCACAUCUCCGAUUAUAGUUCUGACACACGCGGUCCAACACUGAACUCACCUCGUAUGCCUGCUUCUGCUGCUGUGCAAGCAGGAUGGCCUGAAUUCACAUUUUCCUACUCUCAAAAUCGAGACAUAUCUCACCCGAUCCCUGUUAGAGGCGUAGGAUUUGGAAAUGUGCCGAGGUCUCCACCACUGCCUAGUCAAGGUGCAACUUACCACUCAGAACCCUUCCCACAGUCGAAUCCUUUCUAUCAGUCGGACCAUCAGCCCUCGAGUUCUCAGCAACUCCACAGCCCUGCAGACCACAGAAACAGCAACUCGGUAGAUCAGACAGAAAACAAACAGGGCAACAAAACGGAAGAGUUGGAGGAUCAGGGCCUCAUUUCACAUGGAACGAAUCAGAGUGCUAAUAGCAGCUUCUGCAAUGGCAACAUGAGCCAUCAUCACAGUCAAGUUUCUGGAUGCAAUGGCACCAUCAACGGAGGAGGCAGUGGUCAUGAAGAGAGCUUCCAUCUUCACGAUGGACCCUCUCACCGAGCCAUGCAAAGAGAGGCUGCCCUAACCAAAUUCCGCCAGAAGAGGAAAGACAGAUGCUUUGAGAAGAAGGUGAGGUAUGAAAGCAGAAAAAAGCUGGCUGAGCAGCGUCCGCGUGUAAAAGGACAGUUUGUCCGGCAACUACCAACAGAUCAACCUGGAAGCUCGUCGGCUGGUUAGGUACAGCAGGAGCAAAGAUUGAACAAGUUUUGGCAGUAACAAGUAGUGUGUUCAGUUAGAAUUUGGCAUCUCUUGAUUCUUUACCUUGAUGUAUGUAUUAGAGAGCUGAGGUACAAGCUAGGUGGAUGACUCUCAAAAGCUUACCCCUACUAAUGGUGUCUUCUUCACCAACUGUUUUGUACAUGCUUUUCUCUUUUUGUGUUUUUGCCUCAUCUUUUUUAGCAUUUUGAGGCAUUCUAUACAUUUUGAGGUAGGUGUUGGCAUUUCCAUUGUUGUAUAAGUAUUGAUAGAGAUUUGUGGUGUUGUGACCAUAACUAAGUUGUGUAGGUUCACUAUCCUUAUCUGUAGUAUAAGAAAUUCAAGGUUUUUUAUUUUUUAA